AUGCAUGGUCUGUCGCUGUGUGCCGCAGGCCCCUCCCCUCCAUGGAAUGAGGCGACUGUAAGAAUGGAUAACAUGGAGUAUAAAGACGAGUGGCAGGAUGAUGACUUUCCCAGACCACUUCCUGAGGACGGUGACAUGGAGUCUUCCUGUGGUCUCACCGAUGACAAAGCCUCUCCCCCCAACUCUCUGAAUGUUAGUGCAAGUGGAGGUGGCGGAGGUGGAGUAGUGUCCACCCAUCGCAAGCGCCGUACGUUAGUGGCCCCGGAUAUCAACCUGUCCCUGGACCACAGCGAGGGUUCCCUGCUGUCUGACGACUUCCUGGAUACGCCCGACGACCUGGACAUCAACGUCGACGACAUCGACACCCCCGACGACAACGACUCUCUGGAGUUCAUCACCAAUGGCAAUGAGCUGGAGUGGGAAGAUGAUACGCCGGUGGCCAUCGCCAAAGCGGGGCCUGGUGACGGAGAGGAGGAAGACUGUGCUGAUGGGACGGGGGGUAACGGGCGCCUGUGGAGGACCGUGAUCAUCGGGGAGCAGGAGCACCGUAUCGACAUGCAGGUCAUCAGGCCGUAUCUCCGCGUCAUCACCCAUGGGGGUUACUAUGGUGAGGGUCUGAAUGCCAUCAUAGUGUUCUCAGCCUGCUACCUGCCUGACAGCAGCUGUGCAGAUUACCACUACAUCAUGGAGAACCUCUUCCUGUAUGUGGUUAGCAGUCUAGAAAUGCUGGUGGCUGAGGACUAUUUGAUCAUCUACAUGAAUGGAGCCACACCACGGGGCAAGAUGCCAGGCAUAGGAUGGCUAAAGAAAUGCUAUCAGAUGAUUGAUAGGAGGCUCAGGAAGAACCUGAAGUCUCUGGUCAUUGCCCACCCCACCUGGUUCAUCCGCACUGUGCUGGCCAUAUCCAGGCCCUUCAUCAGUGUGAAGUUUAUGAAUAAGAUCCAGUAUGUACACAGUCUGGAUGAGCUGGCAGAGAUAGUCCCCAUGGAACAUGUGCAGGUCCCAGAAUGUGUAAUGCAAUUUGAGGAGGAGAGGAUCAAGGCUCGGAGAGAAAGGAUGGAGCAGGAACAGCGGCAGCAGGAGCAGCAACAUCAGCAGCAGGCAAACCCACAGGAGUCUUCUUCAGCCAAGGCAGAGAGGUAG